UGGUGUGAUCUUGGCUCACAGCAACCUCUGCCUCCCAGGUUCAAGCAAUUCUUGAACCUCAGCCUCCUGAAUAGCUGGGAUUACAGGUAUGUGUCACCACGCCCAGCUAAUUUUUGUAUUUUUAGUAGAGGCAGGGUUUCACCAUGUUGGCCAGCCUGGUCUCGAGCUCCUGACCUCAAGUGAUCUUACCCACUCGGCCUCACAAAGUCCUGGGAUUACAAGCAUGAGCCACUGUGCCUGACCUAAAUUGUAAUUCUCUGUAUUCACCUGUGUGUCUCUAACUUUUGGGGCAGUCUUUUAUUACCCUGUGACUUCACUUCUCUGACAGAUCUAAGAAGUUACUCAUUUUUCAGUUUGUUCAACAAUUUUACUUGUUAAAAAGGAGUAGCAACUUCCAAGCUCCUUAUGUGCCAGACCAGAAACCAGAAGUCUUACCACAAGUUUUUAUUUAAUAGAAUCAUUAAAUUGCAAAAUUGAAAGAGAUUUGAGAUGCCAUCUAGUCCAUCCCUGCAGGGGAUCUUUCAGGAAUACUUCCCUCUCCCUCCACCCCACACACGGACACCUCCCUACGCUCCCUGGACAUGGUUGCCGGUGAUCUUCCUGAUACUUCCCAUAUGGAGAGUGUAUUCAUUCCACUAAAAACUGCUCGGCUGGUUAGAAAACUCUUGUUACACCCCUCUUUGGUCUUAGUUGUGGCCUUGAAUGAAGGCAGGUACAAAGAGGAAGAUGAGGAAGACAGCUUCAAAGAGGAUACCUGGUCAUGGGCCUUGAAGCAUUGCAGAGAGCCUUUGGCAGUCUUUACAGGAUGUGGUGGGGAGGAAGGGAGGGAAAAGUUAGGAGAAAGAAGUAAACCAAAACAUCAGGAUUUGGGGAAUGUAGAGAUAAUGUGAGACCAGUGACAUUCGGUGCCUCAGUUCCAAGGUUUGGGGAUCAUAGUUCAGCUGGAGACUGACUCUAGGGAGGGUUUGGGGAUCAUAGUUCAGCUGGAGACUGACUCUAGGGAGGUCUUUGAUCAGGCCUCACUCUUGUCAGAAGUCUGCUAAUCAUUCUGUCUUUCUCUAUUUUAGAACUGUACACCAAGAAGUGGAAGAAUCUUUAGAGACCAUCCUUUACCUAGAUGGGGCAAUUGAGGGCCAGAGCCAGGAACAGAUUCUCAGGGUGAAUCAGUGGCAGAGCUCAAGUUUCCUACCUCCCAGCUCUAGCUCUCUUGGUUGCUUGGAGCCAAACAAAGCAAAAAUUCCUUUUCUGACUGGAAUGAGGAGAUGAUGAGGGCAGAGGACAAGGCUUAUGUCUCCAUCUCAGUUCUUCCCCAUAAGGGGAAUACCAGACUAGGCAGUGGUGACUGGUAGCAAUUGUUUUCUUGGCAAUUCAAUAAAGACAAUGCUAAGAAUAAGAACACUCAAGGAAGCUAAGUGAAGGAAAAAAAGAGCUGGGGACAGUGGUGAUCCUGGUGGGAGAGGUUGGGGUGGGGCAAAGAGCAAAGCAUGCUCCCUGAGCAGCAUGUCAGGCCUUGCUUCUGCCCUCCACUGUCUGCCCUGCCUUGACCUGUACUGCAGGCUGACUGAUUAACAGGCUACCAGCAGCUGUGCCAGUCAGGUGGCCAGGGCUGCCCUGCACAACCUUGCUUCCUUGCAUUCCCUUCAGCAAUGUUCCUCUGCUCAUGCCUUAAAAUAGUUCAAAAUUGAGAAGAUGAAAAUGCUUUCUUAUGCAUACACAAGCAGACAUGAAUAUGUGUAUGCACCUGGUGUGUGUGUGGGCUGUGGUGGAGGCAUACUUUGUCUUGUGUUCAUUGUCACUGACAUUGCUCAGGGAGGCUGGGGUACUUGCAUUUGUUUUCAUUUUUAGAGUGUGUUAAUGGUUUCCUUCUUGAUUAAAGUAGAGCUCAAAAUGCAGCUCUGUCAUUGCUCUGUAUUCUUGGUUUGUCUUUGAUGUUGAAAAGACAGUGCACUUGUGCUUUUGGUGGGGCUCCUGGCCUGCAUGCUGCUUCCUAGAAUUGGCAGGUAUUGCAUAUCACCACAUACCAGACACCCACAGGAGAGAAAAAUCAUCAGGAUCAAGAGGCCAGAUUGGGCUGCUGGCAAAGUUUAUCUGCAGGCUAAGUGCUUGUUGCUCUCCUGCUUAUCCAUGCUGCCUAGUGUGGGCUAUCCCUAGAAGGGAAUUCUGUGUCCCUCUGAGUGCUGCAACUACUCUCAGGGUUUUACUGUAGUGGUUUUACCUCGCCUAUUGGUUGACCCAUCUACCUGUCUCAUUUGAGUUGAGUGUGAAUUGUUUAGGAUAUUGCAAUUAGAGGUGGUGCGGGCUGGCUGGUUGCUAUAAGCCAUCUUAACAUUUGGCUAAGCUCACUCCUGUGUGCUGGGCCUGACAAGGUCCUCUUGGUUCCUCUUGUGAUGACUGUAUCUUUUACACAGUUAAUAAAACAUCCUCAGAUGUUAUAAGCUGGAGUGAACUAUUUAUUUUUCUAUUUUUUUAAUUUUAGUUUAAGUUCUGGGAUACAUGUGCUGAAUGUGCAGGUUUGUUGCAUAGAUAUACAUGUGCCAUGGUGGUUUGCUGCACCUAUCAACCCAUCAUCUAGGUUUUAAGCCUCACAUGCAUUAGAUAUUUGUCCUAAUGCUCUCCCUCCCCUUGUCCCCCACCCCCUGACAGGCCCUGGUAUGUGAUGUUCCCCUCCCUGUGUCCAUGUGUUCUCAUUGUUCAACUCCCACUUAUGAGUGAGAACAUGCAGUGUUUGGUUUUCUGUUCCUGUGUUAGUUUGCUGAGGAUGAUUGUUUCCAACUUCAUCCAUGUGGACUAUUUUUUCAUCAUAUUCUACCCUUCCCAAGUCACACCUAGGGGGCUGAGGAGUGACAGGUGGAGCAGGGCAAGGCUGGAUUAAACAUUAAUGCAGCUAUCACCACUGCCCAGAGGAGCAAGUUCCCAGAGCCAAGCUACAGAGCUACCCUAGUGUCCCCAGGCUGAGGAGGUAGUGACUGGCAUACAUGGCUCAAUUUGUCCAGGUCCUGGCUGAAAUAGGUGACUUUGGUCGCUUCCAGAUACAGCUAUUGAUCCUGCUGUGUGUUCUCAACUUCCUGUCUCCCUUCUACUUUUUUGCCCAUGUCUUCAUGGUCCUAGAUGAGCCCCACCACUGUGCAGUGGCCUGGGUGAAGAACCACACUUUCAACCUGAGUGCUGCUGAACAGCUGGUACUGAGCGUGCCCCUGGACACUGCAGGCCACCCAGAGCCCUGCCUCAUGUUCCGGCCACCCCCCGCCAAUGCCAGCCUGCAGGACAUCCUCAGCCACCGCUUCAAUGAGACGCAGCCUUGUGAUAUGGGCUGGGAAUAUCCUGAGAACAGGCUCCCAUCCCUAAAGAAUGAGUUCAACCUGGUUUGUGAUCGGAAGCACCUGAAGGACACCACACAGUCAGUGUUCAUGGCUGGGCUCCUUGUUGGCACCCUCAUGUUUGGGCCCCUCUGCGACCGGAUUGGCCGCAAGGCCACAAUCCUGGCACAGCUGCUCCUCUUCACCCUCAUCGGCCUGGCCACAGCCUUUGUGCCCAGCUUUGAGCUCUACAUGGCCCUGCGCUUUGCUGUGGCUACUGCCGUCGCUGGACUUAGCUUCAGCAAUGUCACCCUACUGACAGAAUGGGUGGGGCCCUCAUGGAGGACGCAGGCCGUGGUCCUGGCCCAGUGCAACUUCUCCCUCGGGCAGAUGGUGCUUGCGGGACUUGCCUACGGUUUCCGCAACUGGAGGCUCCUUCAGAUCACCGGCACUGCGCCUGGCUUACUGCUCUUCUUCUACUUCUGGGCUCUGCCAGAAUCUGCACGUUGGCUCCUGACCCAUGGGAGGAUGGACGAGGCGAUACAACUGAUCCAGAAGGCGGCCUCGGUCAAUAGGCGGAAACUCUCCCCGGAGCUCAUGAACCAGCUGGUCCCAGAGAAGACAGGCCCCUCAGGGAAUGCCCUGGAUCUGUUCAGACACCCCCAGCUCCGGAAGGUGACCCUGAUUAUCUUCUGUGUCUGGUUUGUGGACAGUCUGGGGUACUACGGCCUGAGCCUCCAAGUGGGGGACUUCGGCCUGGACUUCUAUCUGACGCAGCUCAUCUUUGGAGCUGUUGAGGUGCCUGCCCGCUGUUCCAGCAUCUUCAUGAUGCAGAGGUUUGGCCGCAAGUGGAGCCAGUUGGGGACCUUGGUCUUGGGUGGCCUGAUGUGUAUCAUCAUCAUCUUCAUCCCAGCAGAUCUGCCCGUGGUGGUCACCAUGCUGGCUGUGGUGGGGAAGAUGGCCACAGCUGCUGCCUUUACCAUCUCCUAUGUGUACUCUGCCGAGCUUUUCCCCACCAUCCUCCGGCAGACAGGCAUGGGGCUGGUGGGCAUCUUCUCACGGAUCGGGGGCAUCCUCACACCACUUGUGAUCCUGCUGGGAGAGUACCACGCUGCCCUCCCCAUGCUCAUCUACGGCAGCCUCCCCAUCGUGGCCGGCCUGCUGUGCACCCUGCUGCCAGAGACGCGUGGCCAGGGCCUGAAAGACACCCUCCAGGACCUGGAGCUGGGGCCUCACCCACGGUCCCCCAAAUCAGUGCCCUCAGAGAAGGAAACAGAGGCCAAGGGAAGAACUUCCAGCCCGGGAGUGGCCUUUGUGAGCAGCACAUACUUCUGAUUGAGGUCUCUAAGAGCUGGACCAUCAGCAGCAGGGAGCUGCCUAAACACCUCCUUGGAUAUGGCCAGGACCCACAGGGACACAGGGCAAGACCAGCCUUGCUUAUGGAGGCAGGACACCACAAUCUGGCCCAUGGCUGUCACCUCCUGCCGAGUCCAAUCCCAGACUGGGAACCACCAUCUGAGACAGGACCUCCCGGCCUCCUUCACCUUUCUCAUCUCCAGAGCCCUGCCCCCAAUACUCUGUCUGGGUUAGGAUCUUGGGUAUGUCUUGGACUUAACUUGUCCUCUAACAAUCUUCAUGGGGUAUGGCUCUCUUGAUCUCCUCAAUCUGGAGUCCCCUGCCCUCAAAACACAGUGAUGUUCAGAACAGAACACAAGGUAAGCCAUUUCCAAUUUGUGGGAACAGGAGGGGAGAGGAAACAAAUGUGAAGUUGUGGACUCUACCCAGGCAGGUGGAUGAAAAUGCUGUGGAUAAAAGGAAGGUUAUGAUUCCUUCUAGCGGAUGGACCAGAUUCCUCUGGCUAACGUAUGGCCCCAUAGGUCACUGGGUCAUACAGAGAGAAGAUUCAGUUCAGCCUAAAUCAAAACUUCCACCUUGCGUUCACUUCAAAGAUGGCCCAAACCCCCGCCCUACACUCAGCUCAUGCCUAACCUAUGUGUGGCUCAGGGACCAGCUUGGGGAAGGAAAGGAGGUUUGUUCUGCUCCCCGCCUCACCCCGCCUCCUCCUGCUCAUGCUCAGCUGCUUCUGGACCUUCCAGGGCCCAUGCAGGGUGAGGGAAAGGGUAGAGGUCUUUUCACCUAGCUGCUGCUGGUUGCAAUUCUUUCUGGUGCACAUUGGCUAAUGCCAGUUGGUGUGUUUUGUCAGGCUUCUGAAAGCUGCCUUUUCCACGGGCCAUCUUCUUGGGCUUCUCAGAGAUCCUCUCAGGCCUUGGUAUUGUUCCUUAGAAUGAGCAAUAUGCUCCCAAUGUACUCCCAGCUCCUCUUGGGACCCUUCUCCAGCCCCACCCAGCAUUGCUCCCACAACCUGUCCUACAGCUGGCAGCCCCUGACCCAACCAAGAUGGCCUUCUUGGCUGGGCGUGGUGGUUCAUGCCUGUAAUCCCAGCACUUUGGGAGGCUGAGGCGGGCAGAUUACCUGAGGUCAGGAAUUUGAGACCAGCCUGGCUGGCAUGGCAAAACCCUGUCUCUACUAAAAAUACAAAAAUUAGCCCUAUAUGGUGGUGCAUGCCUGUAAUCGCAGCUACUUGGGAGGCUGAGGCAGGAGAAUCGCUUGACCCUGGGAGGCGGAGUUUGCAGUGAGCCAAGAUCGCACCACUGCACUCCAACCUGGGCAACAGAAAGAGACUCCGUCUCAAAAAAAAAAAAAAAAAAAAAAAAAAAAAAAAAAAAAGACGGCCUUCUUAGAUGGGCGCCCAUAAAGAGACCUCAAGCCGGACUGCCUUCCUUAGCACCUCCUUAGCCUGCAAGAACACCAUAUAUCAUUGUGUCACCAAAUGGUAGACAGAAAAAGAGCUUGCCUGGCCACUGCCCCUGCCUUGCCCCAGCUAACCUCCCACUAGGGAGAAGGUUUCAGUCUCUCUUCUCACAGGCACCCCAGCUUGCUCACCUUCUCCUGCAUGGCUGGUUCGGGGUUGGGCGUAGAUGCUGGACCAGUUUCCUGUAAACCCAGCAUGGAAGUGUUCAGCACCUGUCUUCCAAACACAUGGAUAUUCCUCACUCACGAUUCUCAGCUUUGAAGUGCUGGACAAAAGCUCUAUUUAGCUUCCUACUGUGUGCCCAUUCAUGGCAUCCUCUUGGGGAAUACUAGCAAGUCUUUCUGGGCACAAUGUGUCUCCCAGGCUGAAACUGCCAAGGGGUGCGGAAAACCAGAUAGAAGUGGGGAAAGGGACAUUUCCCAGCUAAAGGCAGUUUCCUCCUCUAAGAUAUGGACACUUGCUCCCUUUAAGACGGAAUGAUUGUCAUUCCCAGGAAGAGACAUGAACGGCCAAGCCUGGCUAAUUUUUGUAUUUUUGGUAGAGAUGGGGUUUUGCCAAGUUGGCCAGGCUGGUCUCAAACUCCUGAACUCGUGAUCCGCCCACCUCGGCCUCCCAAAGUAUUGGGAUUACAGGCAUGAGCCACCAUGCCUGGCCCCUGGAGACUUUUUCUUUCCUUUUUGGGGGGAUUAUGGUUGGUUGGGGAGAAAGAUUUUUUUUUCUGUGUGUAUUUAAAAGUGUCCUGUGGUUUGCUCUGAUGAAUGGGUAAGUGUCCUUUAGCAGUCACUGAUGGGAGGUUGGCUGCUGAGGUCUCUGGGACUCUGAAGGAGAAUAUAUGCAGCUUCACUGGACCCUGGUUGUGUAUCUCCUUGAUUUUGCUCCUCAAAGGUUACGGCAAUGGUGACUAUCAGUCCUAAACAUUUAGUCCAGGUGUGUGAAAGCGAAACUGUGCCCCAAACAGUUAAAGACACCAAUGACUAACAGAAAUUCUUGAGUUUGCAGGAUGGCAGGUAAGCAAAGAAACAACUUGCUGAGAUGCUGAAAGUCCCUCCACUUGUAAGACAACAAAGCUGGCUAAAAUAGGUUGGAACCAAUGUGGCCAACUAGAGUCUGUGCAGUACCUGCUUGCUGACAUCACAGCCUGAACUUCCACUGCGUGUUUCAUACUCACUCCCCCCGUACCUGCCCAUGUGAUCUAUGAGGUGUCAUGAAGAGAACUGCGCAUGCUGGAGGACUUUCCAGACCUCCUCUUUCCUUCCACUAAUCACCUGCUAAUCUCAGAAUCCCGACACCUUUUCUAAUAAAAACACUGCCUUAGCACCAGCCCAGGGAGACAGAUUCAAGCUGGACUCCUGUCUCUGUGUCGGCCGGCCCAUAAUUAAAAGCUUUUCUUUUCUCAAAAACCCGGUGUCAUAAUAUUGGCUUCUAGCACAUUGAACAGCAAGCCCCUUUUUGCCUAGAAACAAUUUGACCCUCAUAUUUACUAGUUUUCUCAACCUGUAACCAAGGGAAACAAAAAUGACCUCCUAAAUUUUUAACAAAGGCAAUCAACAUUUGUAGCUGGUAUGAAUAUUUGUUCUGUAAACUCAUAUCUGCAGGCAACAGAAUGUUUCUUUAGCCUAUGAGCCUCCAUCUUGCUGAGCUGAUUGGAAAUUCAUCUCAGCUGUUAUUGGGGCUCUUCUCAACCCAGAGAGUUCUGGGAUCUUUUUUUUUUUUGAAAAGGAGUCUCAGUUUGUCACCCAGGCUGGAGUGCAGUGGUGCAAUUCUCUGCUCACCGCAACUUCUGCCUCCUGGGUUCAAGCGAUUCUCUUGCCUCAGCUUCCCGAGUAACUGGGAUUACAGGUGUGCGCCACUGCGCCAGGCUAAUUUUUGUAUUUUUAGUAGAGACAGGGUUUUGCCAUGUUGGCCAGGCUGGUCUUGAACUCCUGACCUCAGGUGAUUCGUCUGCCUCAGCCUCCCAAAGUGCUGGGAUUACAGGCGUGAGCCACCAUGCC